AUGGCUACUACAAUACUACCAGAAUUUGUACAGGAAACUGUGCAGGAAGAUAUUAGUCAUCAUUCUUUUACAUCUAAUUCCGAAGCUGAAUCGUAUGCUGCUGCUGACAGUAGAAUCCGCAAUGAUGCUGAUGUGGAACCUUCUCAGGGGAUUAGCAUUAUUCAACGCAAACUGAAUGGUUAUGUAGGGUUCUCAACUUUGCCAAACCAAUGGCACCGUCGUUGCGUUCUUCAAGGUUUCUUUUUUAAUUUAAUGGUCUUGGGAGAAAGUGGCAGCGGAAAAUCCACGCUUGUUAACACGCUACUCAACAAAGAUGUACACCCUUUGGGCCCGCAACCUCUAUCAAAUGAACAAGGACUACUGCCUGAAUCAACUGUUGAGAUUUCAAACAAUACUGUGCAUAUAAUAGAGAAUGGAAUCAACCUUGAAAUGACCGUAAUUGAUACUCCUGGUUUUGGCGAUUUCAUUGACAACACGAACUGCUGGGAACCUAUAGUAAAUGACAUUGAGAACCGCUAUAAUGAAUACCUUGACUUUGAAAAACGAUUACCCAAAUCUGCUAUCAAAGAUCCACGAAUCCAUGCUUGUAUUUUUUUCAUCCAGCCUACCGGUCAUGCUAUGAGUGUUAUGGAACUUCAAGUUUUGUUGGCCCUUCACGAAAAAGUGAACAUCAUACCUGUGAUUGCUAAAGCUGAUACCCUUACCGACGAAGAAAUAAAUUUGUCGAAGGAAAUAGUUUUACGAGAUAUCCAACAGCAUAAUAUUCGUAUUUUUGUUCCUCCUACAUAUCCUAUGGAUGAUCCCGAGUCUGUGGCCGAGAAUGCAGACAUAAUGAGUCGCAUUCCUUUUGCCAUCAUCGCUUCGAAUUCAUUUGUUGUCAACAGUGAUGGCCGCAGAGUUCGUGCUAGAAAAUAUCCUUGGGGUAUUGUUGAAAUAGACAAUGAGGAACAUUCCGACUUUCCAAAACUUCGAGAAAUGCUUAUCCGCACACAUUUGGAGGAAUUAAAGGACCGCACCAAUGACUUGUAUGAAGAUUACAGAACUGAACGUCUUAUCAAGAGCGGUAUAUCUCAAGACCAUUCUGUCUUCCGUGAAAUAAAUCCUGCUGCCAAAUUAGAAGAAGAACGGGCUCUUCAUGAAGAAAAAUUAAUGAAGAUGGAAGCUGAGAUGAAGGUGAUUUUUUCACAAAAAGUGAAAGAGAAGGAAGACCGUUUAAAUCAAUCCGAAAAGGAAUUACGUGUUCGUCACCGUGAUAUGAAGACUGCUCUGGAAAAACAAAAAGUAGACUUAGUCGAUCGUAAAAACCGUCUUACGCAGUCGAAAUCUAGUGAACAUGAGAAAUCUAAGAGAAAAUUUUUUAAAUAA